AUUUUUGUUGUUGUUGCUUUUAGUGCUUGGUGCGGAACGACGGAUGGAAAGAGUGUUGUAAAGAGCAUUGAUGUCGCAUUUUGUCGGCACUUUUUACGCAGGCAAAAACAAAAAAUAAAUAAGUAUUUUAGUUAGUUUUAUAACUUUUAAGUGUGGAAUAUUAGUGGAGAAGAAGAUCUGCUCAAACCGGAGAGUUGUAUGGCAGGGUUAGUCCGGUUGUCGUCCGGUGUUUGUGAUUCGUUCGGCAUUCGCGUUAUCAGACAGUCAGACGACGACGACGAGUGUGAAGAAGUGUGAGGUCAGCGGAACUCAAGUGGAACAUCAUCGCACCGCAUAGAGAUAUAAUAAUUUUAGCUUCCAAAGCCGAGGAAAUGUCCGAUCACGGCUGUGCCCAUUUCACGGCGUUCGUCAAGGAGUACGGGCUGGAGUCGUUCAGUGUGGUGCACGCGUAUUUCAGUGCCUGCAUCAACAAGGAAGCCCGGCGAAGAAAGGCUCUGUCCUGCUUGUGCUACAAGUGUGGUGGUUCCGGGCCGCAGCUGUAUUCGUGCUUGCACUGUAUCUACUUUGGAUGCAAGGGGGCCCACAUCAACGACCACUGCAAGCAAACCAAGCAUUACAUCGUGCUGGAGCUGUGCUACGGGAUGAUCUACUGCUAUCAGUGCAAGGACUUUACGUACGAUAGCGAGUGCCAAGCAAUAGCCGAGAAGCACAUUCGGAAGGAGGCUAAGAGUUUGAACAAAAGCUUGUCCUGGCGGCCGUGGUCUCCCUCGAAGGUGGAGAUUGAUUUGUUGCUGAAGAAUCCCAAACGCCGGCAUGUGACCGCUUUCACCAGUAUCGGAUUGCGGGGAUUGCUGAAUCUAGGAUCUACCUGCUUCAUGAACUGCAUUGUACAAGCUCUGAUUCAUACGCCUCUGCUCAGAGACUACUUCCUUUCCGAGAGACACGAAUGCACGGCAAAAACCGCCGCUAAAUGUCUCGUAUGUGAAGUAUCCAGACUGUUCCAGGAGUUCUACUCCGGUGCCAGAGGUCCUCUUUCCCUGCAUAGACUGCUGCAUUUAAUAUGGAACCAUGCCCGACACCUCGCCGGGUAUGAACAACAGGAUGCUCACGAGUUCUUUAUUGCCACGCUGGACGUCCUCCAUCGCCACUGUAAGAUAUCGAUGAAUGAAAUGGCCGCUGCGGCUUCGGCGGCAUCCACGGACAAAUCAAAGCCACAAUUUCAGCAACCCGACAAUCCCACCCACUGUAAUUGUAUCAUCGAUCAGAUAUUCACCGGGGGCCUUCAGAGCGACGUGGUUUGUCAGGCUUGCAACGGAGUGUCCACCACCAUCGACCCGUUUUGGGACAUUUCGCUCGAUUUGGGUGAAGCCCAGAACCAGGGAUACGGCGGACCGCCAAAGUCGCUGAUUGACUGCCUGGAACGGUUCACCCGGGCGGAGCAUUUGGGAUCGAGCGCCAAGAUUAAAUGCUCGAGCUGUAAGAGCUACCAGGAAUCGACGAAACAACUGUCCAUGAGAACACUGCCAAUUGUCGCCAGCUUCCAUCUGAAGCGCUUCGAACAUUCUAGUCUGAUCGACAAAAAGAUCUCGACCUUUAUCUCAUUCCCAUCGGAGCUGGACAUGACUCCGUUCAUGUCGAAAAAGAAGUCUGAACAGCAGUCGUCCCCCGGGGCGUCCUCUUCCUCCUCGUCGUCGAAAUCAAAGUCUUCGGAUCGGAAGCAAGCUGCUGCCGGGGGUAGCAACACAAGUGCAAGUACAAGCUCUGCCGCAAACAACGAAGAUGACCACGGUCGUCAGCACCACGAUACCAGCGAUUUCCGCUACUCGUUGUACGCGGUCAUCAACCACGUGGGAACGUUGGACGCCGGCCACUACACGGCCUACGUUCGACACCAGAAGGACAUAUGGGUGAAAUGUGACGACCACAUUAUAACGACUGCCACACUCAAGCAGGUGCUAGAUAGCGAAGGCUACCUAUUGUUUUACCACAAGAAAAUCCUAGAGUACGAAUAAAUUUUGAGCAAAACAAACAAGCAAUGCUCAGCAUAGUGAGUGGCCAAGCCAACAGAGACGAAAGCAGACCGGAACGAGUGUGAUUCAAGUGCGGGGUGAAAGAAUAGCUGCAAACAGCGCGAUGACUACCCUGAAUGGGAUUCUUCAGUUCCAGAUCAAACUCUCCUACAACAAACAACCUAUUUUAGUAUUAGAUUGUAUCGAUAAUUGUGGAAUAAAAUGACUUUCGUUUUUAAAAGCAA